AGAUAAAACACACACACGCACAGAAGUGCAGUUGGAGGAAGAAAACAGGAAAGCAUCGAACCCUUUCUCUCAGCACCAAUGGCGCGGUAUCUUCUCCCUUCCACCACCACCAUCGCCUCUUCCCUGCCCAAGUAUGCCAAGACCUCACCGGUACCGAUCCUCGCCCUCCGCUCGCUCGCCUCCAGGUCCACGCAGGCCCGCCCUAUCAUGGCGGUUGCGUCGGAGCAGCCCGCCGCGCCCAGCAAGUUCCCCAAGGUGGCGGCCCCCACCACCGGCCCGAUUCCUGCCGCCGAGCUGCUCGGCGUCAUCGAGGCCGCCGCCAAGGCCGGAGCUGAGGUUGUAAUGGAAGCUGUUAAUAAGCCGCGGAAUAUCCAGUACAAGGGAGUUGCAGACCUGGUGACAGACACAGACAAGUUGAGUGAAUCAGUCAUUCUUGAAGUUGUGAGGAAGAACUUUAAGGAUCACCUCAUACUUGGGGAGGAAGGUGGCCUUAUUGGAGAUUCCUUGUCUGAAUAUCUCUGGUGCAUUGAUCCUUUAGAUGGAACAACAAACUUUGCACAUGGUUACCCCAGCUUUUCUGUAUCCAUCGGUGUUCUUUUUCGAGGGAAGCCUGCUGCUGCCACUGUGGUCGAAUUUUGUGGUGGGCCUAUGUGCUGGAGCACUCGUACAAUUUCUGCAUCUUCUGGCAAAGGUGCUUACUGUAAUGGGCAAAAGAUUCAUGUCAGUCCGACAGACAAGGUGGAACAAUCUCUUCUAGUAACUGGAUUUGGAUAUGAACAUGAUGAUGCAUGGCUGACCAACAUAAAUUUGUUCAAGGAAUUUACUGACAUUAGCAGGGGAGUGCGAAGGCUAGGCUCUGCUGCUGCUGACAUGUCCCAUGUUGGUCUAGGCAUCACAGAAGCCUACUGGGAAUAUCGUCUUAAGCCAUGGGACAUGGCUGCUGGCGUUCUGAUAGUUGAAGAAGCUGGUGGGGUGGUGUCACGCAUGGAUGGUGGAGAGUUUACAGUCUUUGAUCGUUCUGUUCUUGUUUCGAAUGGUGUUGUUCACGAGCAGCUUUUGGAUCGGAUUCGACCUGCUACUGAAGAUCUUAAGAAGAAAGGAAUUGAUUUCUCUUUAUGGUUUAAGCCAGACAAGUACCCCACCGACUUCUGAGUUUCACCCCUUCUGCUACUUUUCUCAAUAGCCAUGUACUUAGACUGACAAUACAUUUUGAAGUCAUUUGACUCGACUGGCUGGGGUGUUAAAAGUCAAACUACAGAAAAAGGAAUAAAGCUUCAAGAAUCUUCGAUCAAACUACUUUUGCUUUAAUCAAAUGUAUGAAAAUAUUAUGUGCCAGUGAUGUAUAGUUUCAGCCUGCUGUCUUUGUCAGAACUCAAAAAUCA